AUGGGCUUAGAUGCUAUCAAACCCUCACCAGUGCCGACCGGAGAAGAAAACACACCAAAUCAAUCUGCUUCACUUCUAUCAUUCGACACAGAUAUCACCACCAUCCCAACAAAACACUCCACCACCACUGUCCUCCUCUUCUCCCUCCUCCUCACCACCCACGUCGCUCUCUCCGCCGCCUUCGUUUUCGCCUUCCUUUUAUUUUCCUCGAUUACAUCCACCAACCACCACUACAACACCACCGCUCUCCAAAUCGCCCGUCCACUCAGUAAAUUCACUCACUCAGUCGUCAUCCUCAUUUCCUCAGAUCAGUUCCGAUUUAGGUACUAA